AUGCAGUUGACCAGUGUGGCCGUACACGCGCGUCUAAACUGUACUUUGGAUUUAGGGGAUUUGGCUAAUGCUCUGAUGAACGUUCGGUACGACCCGGCCAGGUUCAGUGGUCUGAUCUGGCAACACGGACGUUUAGGAGGCAAUUGCCUACUGUUUGUCAAUGGUAAAAUCAAUUGUAGCGGGAAAUGUGGGUCCAUCCGAGAAAGUGUACGGCGAUUGAGAGGUUAUGCACGUCUCCUCCAAAGAAAGGGAUGUCCCGUGACGUUGACUUACGUCCAAGUACUGACCAUUUCCGCCAACAAUCACUUAGAGGAUCGGGUGAUGCUGGAUUGCAUUCCAUUCGACUAUCGGUAUGACCCCGAACUCUUUCCCGCCGUCAUGUUCAAUCGCGAACGAAUUCAUUUUACGUUGAAGUUUCGGGUGCUCUGA